GAGUAGUAGCGCAAGAAAUGACUACAACACUGAAUAACGGCUUUCCAGGACAUAAACAGUUCAUUGCAGCAUCUUACGUAAAGUUUUUAGAAGGAGGUGGUGCCCGAGUUGUCCCUGUGUGGAUCAAUCAAACUGAAGAUUAUUACAGAGAUAUAAUGAACAAAGUUAAUGGAAUAUUUUUCCCUGGCGGCUCCAGCAGCUUUAAGAAAAGUCACGGAUUUUCUGAAGCUGGAUACCAAAUUUACAAAAUCGCUAAAGAACUAAAUGACAAAGGUGAUUAUUUUCCACUUUGGGGAACGUGCCUCGGAUUUGAACUCUUAACUUAUUGGGAUGCCGAUCGUGCGGAUCAUCGUGUCAAGUGCAAAAGUGAAAAUCAACCACUACCACUGGACUUCACCUUAAACUACAACAAUCAUCGUCUCUUCCAACUGGCCAGUCAUGACAUUAUCCACAGUUUGCGCUACAAAAAUAUCACCUCAAACUUCCACAGUUAUUGCAUCACCGAAGAAUCUCUCAAAAAGGUCGGAACAGAGAAAAAUUGGAUAACUUUAUCAACAAACAAAGAUUUUGACGGCUUAGAAUUCAUCUCCAGUUUCGAACAUAGUCGAUAUCCCUUCUUUGGCACCCAAUUUCAUCCUGAGAAAAACAUGUACGAAUGGUCAAUCGACAAAGUGAUUCCGCAUGACGAAGACGCUACACGUGCCAAUCAAUAUUUUGCCAGAUUUUUCGUGGAAGAAACUCGUAAAAAUCGACAUCGCUUCGAUACACUGAACAACGAGCUGGCUCAUUUAAUUUUCAAUUUCCCAAAAACUUUUACGAGUCACAAAAGUAUUUACAGUGAAUGUUAUUUAUUUAAAUCUGAAGACGACUAUCCGGUAGAAAAAUUCAAAAACAUUAAGAUUGAACAAGGAGACGAAAAUGAAUCGGAUGUUUCUACAGACGAAUAAUUUAAGAGAAAAAAAAAUUAAAGAAAAA